AUGAGCGCCUGGAGCCUCGUAGGGCUGCUGAUCGCGGUGCGCGUCGGCGCGGCGGCGGCGCGCAGCACGACGAUGGCCCGGCGCGUCGACGCUGUAGAUGAGGUACCCAACUUUAUGAAGAAAGCGCGCCCGGCGCUGACGCGGCGGCGGCUCGACGUUGGCAGCUACUCAUAUAGCUACGCCUAUGAUGACGAUUUCGCCUCAGAUUCUAGCUCGUACGACUGCGUGAACGAUGAUUACUCUACCGAUGAGGAUAGCGAUAGUUGCUCAUCGUAUUAUGACGACAACCCAGGAGGUUGCGGAUGCUGCGACGACUCAAACUUCGCGUCGAGCGUCCAGUGCUGCGCGUGCGGCGGCGGCACGAGGUGCGAUAUCGUCGUGUCCGGAUCUUCCCUGCCCGAACUGCACGGGACCUACGAGCAAAAAGGAUCGUGCAAUGGCUACCCCCGCUGGAAGUGCGAUGAAGACGGGGGGUGUGACCAGGACCAGUACAUCUGGUACUACUCUGAUUACUCCAAUUGGCACAUUGGUCCUGAUUCCUGCUCGGGGUCGGCUGCAAUUUACAUCGGCGACCCCAGCGCCGACCCGGACGAAGACCUCGCCGCCGUCUCCGGCACGUGGACCGAGUGGACCGGGUCCGAGUGGCAAACGAACUCGGGCAUCUCGGUCACGUGUGCAGGCGCGUACUAUUCAUACUCGUACUCGGGAGCGUGCACCGAGAAUUGCGUCGCCUGCGACGGCCCGGGAUACCUGGACUGCCUGCAGUGCGAGAGCGGCUACGUGCUCAACGACGCGGACGGCGACGGCGGGGGCUCGUGCCUGCAAGUUACUCCCGGCGACGAUGACUUGGCCGACGAUGACUCGACGCCCGGCGUCUGCGCCACUUCGUGGACCAGUGUAUGGGACGCGGGAUGCGAGACCGUGCAGAACGGGUGCCCGCCCGUGGCCUGCGACGGGCACGACGAGCGCUGGUGCUGCAACGAGGGCUUCGAGGAGAGCUGCGACGAGUGGCAUUACUGCGGCAACGAUGAAGAAAUAUUGCCUUCGCCUGACACCACGACCUGGACCGAACGCGGCUGGUGUUCCUCGGGCCUGGAUGAACAUCCGUCCAUCGGCGAUACGACUACCAGCGCGGAGGCGUGCUGGUCCGCUUGCCUAGAAGACCAUGGAGACGCCCUCGUCGCGAUCGACUGGGGCCUUGACGAUCAGGAGUGUUACUGUCAAGACGAUUGCGAGUGCAUGGCAGAUGUAGAAGAGGCUAUGCACGUCGUCAUUACGCGUGACGAUAUCACGGAGCUCCCGGCCGUGUGCACCUCCUCUUCUGGCUACUCAUAUAGCUACGCCUAUGAUGAGGACGCGGCGGCCGCCGCCGUCGCGGCCGCGUGGAGGGGCAAGGAGCUGUACGACUCCGUCGCCGACAGUGCAUAAAUCAAAUUGUUGCGGCGCCAUCGACUCACUGGUUUUUUUGCGCACAGGUCGCCGACAAUAUCGGCAAGCUCAAGGCGGUCGCGGGCUUCCUUCAGAUCCUAGCCUCGAUCCCCAUCAUACCCCCCACCUAGGACUGCAGCCCAUAUGGGAUCUGCGGCUCGGAAGCCUAGCUAGGACCUAGCUAGGCCUAGCUAGGACCUAGGUCGUAAUUAAUUGUAAAUAUUAGGGCUCGGGGGGUGGGGAGGGCUGGUGGCGCGUGAGGCGUCCCGCGGGCCCGGCCUACUCCCUUCUACGGGAGCAGGCCGGCACACAACGUAGUGGUGGGCAUCACCCAUGACGAGGCCGGACCCGGCGCCGAGGGCGGCCUUCUUCUUGUUCGACUUGCUCUUCUUCUUCCUCGCGGGCGCGUCCCGGGGGCGCCGCGACCGGUUCUUCGUCACUUUCGUACGCGUCGAAGUCCUUGGCCGGGUCCCCAAACAAGUCGUCGUCGUCAUCCUCCUCUUCCUGGCCGCGUUGCACGUCCGCCGUCGCCUCGCCUUCCGUCGCGCGCGGCGUCUCCUUCGGCGGAUCCGGAAUCGCACAGUCGACGUCCCAGACGCACGGGGCGUCCGUCUCGAGCUGAGCGAGCACGUUUUCCAGCACCAGGUUGUGGUAGAGCCGCGACAUGGCGUUCACGAGCUUCACGCCGCGCGCCGCGUACCGCCCGGCGGUCAUCCACUUCCGGAUCGACCAGUCCGUCUCGGCCUUGCUGCUGCCGAUCUAACUCGUCGUAGUCGUGCUCGGACCAGUUCUUGCUGGGCUUCGCCCAGCCGGCGCCCGGGUCUUCCAGAGGGCUUUCAGGAGGUGUUUUGCAUGAUGAUGAAUCCGGACUUGUGGACUUUGCGGUCUAGGGGCAGCGAUAGCUGCCGCGCGGUAGCUUGCGAGAAGGCAGAGGCUCCGGCGGCAGCGAGUAGCACGAGGAUUUUGCAGCACAUUUGUGCGGCGCGGCGAUGCGCGCCGGAGAGCGGCGCACGGAACCCGCACGCGUCGACGGCGUUCGACCGGGUACGUGUCCCGUCGUCGAAGAGCCCUUGCGGUACGCUUGUACGACUAGGACCAAAGAUAGGGGAGAAGGGAACGCCCAGCUGCGGUCCGUCGGUGGACGAGUAGCCUGGCCAAGUACCUUUCUCGUGGUGUAGAUGUCAAAUGCAUGUCGUUGACUAUCGGUGGGGUAGUACGGGACUCAGCGAGACCGCUAUCACAAUUACUGGGGGCCCACGGGUAAACUUAAUAUUUGACGGCCGCGAGUGAUUUUAUAGUUGUAUCGCCAGUGGAAUCCUGUCAAUCCCUGUCAAACAGGUCUCCGGGGGGGCGCAUAGGGUCGGUACUAUACACGUGCAAGCGCCUACGCCGCAUGCGCCGGCGCUUCAAUCAUUUUUGGUCGAUUUCUCUCAGCAGACCACUGGGUUUAGCAAUGUUUGGGCCAAGGUUUGCUUCCACAGCCCUGCGAGAAGUCCGACGUCGACCGAGACGCAGUUCGUGAGGCUGUUGGGCCUCGACGACGUGACACGCGAGUGGGGCGACGAGCUCACGCGGAGAGACAAGCUCGUCACCAAGUUCCGCGCGCUCGACGCCGACGGCGACGACUCCCUGUCGCUCACGGAGUUCCGGCGCGUCGUCGUGAGCGCUACAAGACAAGACGCGACGGCCGACCAGAAGCUGGCGCUCGAUCCUUAG